GUCGGCCUCCCGCUGCCACGUCGCAACGAACGCGACAGGUGGCGACGCCCGUCGCCUGCGCGCUCAGCUCGCUCCGGCCCAGUCCAACUCAUACACCCGACUAUGAAACUUUAAUGUUGCCUCUUGUUUGGAAAUUAUUGUGCAGUGUUCCAUUUGUUUGUUCUAUCAAGAUCUUCAAAUUAAGAGUUUAAUGAGUGCUAAGCGGGUUUCUAAAAAUGGUACCGUGCGUUUAGAGGAUUUGAACACAUAAUUUCUAUUACAAUACCGUUGCGGUAGCAAGGAGUCAUCAGGCGUGGGGCACAGAGCGGCAUGUGGUGGCGAUGACGCGGCGUGCUCAGCGCGGCAUGCCCUGCUGACAUGGCACCCAGCCGCUCCGCCCUCCUUUCGCUGGCAGCUCUCACAGCACUCGCUGGGUGUUGUGUGUGCGCGCCGCAAGGAAGCGUGCAGGGCGGCGCGCAGGUUCCCGCGGUAUCGCACUCGACCGCGCCACCCGCCGGCGUCGGCGGAGUCCGAAGAUUCAGUCAGUAUUCCAGGGGGCGAGGAUACCGCGACUGGCGCACACGGGGCGAUCCCACGCUCAUCAAUUCACUGUGGCGCAGUCGACAGCCAUUAGGCAUACGGAAGCAGCUCGGAAACGCGGAGGUGUACAUAGUACUAGCAUUGCUAAUAGGAGUAGUGACAGUAGUAGUAGGGUGCUGGCUAUCGGACAACUGCUGGUCGCCGGAGCCGGAGGACGCGCUGGCGGGCGGCUGA